UGAUCUAAUACAUACAAUGAUCAAGCUUUCAGUACUUGAUAUGGAACUAGAUCGUGCCAUAGAACGUCAAGAGGUUGGAAUCAAAUUCAAGAAGGGAGUGAUAUUUAAGCAUUUAUUUGGCUUGAUAAGUAGAGUAGUAAGUCAAUUACCUACAAAAAUGGAUGACAUGAAGAAGGGCAUAUGUUAUGCCAUAGAGCUACAAAAAUCUAGACUCAAAUUCAAUAUGACAGAGAUAUUUAAGUUUCCAUAUCGUCCGAAGAAGAUUGAAGACUGGAACUCAAUACCAUAUGGAACAGAGCUUCGUGCGGCUGGAGUUGAAUUCAAGAUGGCAAAGAAAUUUAGGGAUAAACUUUACGAGAAUGAGGAAUGGAAGUUAAUACCUGAUGCCAUUGCAUUUCAAGAGGCUGGAGUUGAAUUCAAGAAAGCAUUGAAAUUUUCUCUUCUACAACUUCAAAAUAGGAAGGAGGACGGUAAGAAAAAACUUUGUGGAACCAUAUUCAAGAUGGUAGAGAAAUUUAUGCACCUACCGUUUCUGAACAAGAUUGAAUACUGGAACUCAAUUCCUGAAGGUAGAGAGCUUAAAGUGGCUGGAGUCAAAUUCAAGAAGGCAAAAAAAUUUAGGGAUACAAAAGAUGUGAUAAAGUCAAUACCUAAUGCAACAGAGCUUAAAGAGAGUGGAAUCAAAUUCAAGAAGGCAAAGCAACGUACCACGUUUGCCAUUCAGUUUGGCAAUGGGGUAUUGGAAAUUUCACCUUUGAGAAUAGAAGAUGAAACUGAAACUUUUUUGCGAAAUCUAAUUGCAUUUGAGCAAUAUAGUCUAGACAAUGAUUCUAGUUACGUCACCAACUAUAUGUGCUUCAUGGAUGAUCUCAUUGACUCUCCAAAGGAUGUUGAAUUACUCCGUCGGAAAGGAAUCAUUGAAAAUUGGUUGGGUGAUGAUAAAGUUGCUUCCACCAUGGUUAACAAGCUUGGCCACCAUGUCACCAUUUCAACCAGGAACUCCAUUUAUGCUAAAAUUUCCAUUGAUAUGAACAAGCAUUGUGCCAAACGCUGGAAUGAAAGGAUGGCAAAAUUGAGGCACAAUUAUUUCCAUAGUCCUUGGGCUUUGCUUUCAGUUUUGGCGGCUAUCUUAUUGCUCGGACUUGCAAUUACACAAACCGUGUUUUCUAUUAUUCAUUAG